UGGGGCGCAGGCGGAGAGCCUGGGGAAGGGCGGCGGCUGGGCCGGACCUGCUGGGCCGCGUCCGGUUCUGCGCAGGGCCCAUGUGGCCGAGCCCCGCGGGUGCCGAGAACCUCCAGUUUCCUGCUGCGAACCCUGUAUUUCUUACCUGAAUCCCUUUCUCUGUAGCCUGAGUCCUCGACCCCUUGAGAAUCCCUUAUUUCCGGCCUGAAUCCCCAUCUUCUGCAGCCUGAACCCCGUAUUUCCGGCCUGAUCUCUUCCGCAGCCUGAAUCCCGAGUUUUCUGCCUAAUCUUUGCCCUCUUUGCAGCCUGAACCUGUGUCCUUUCUGAGAUCCCAAAUUUUCUGCUGGAAGCUCCGUAUUAACCCAGUUUUCCCACCUCUGCAGUGUGAACCCCAUUUCUUACUCGACCCCCCCCCCCACUCCUGUAGCCUGAAACGCAGAUUUCUUGCUUGGUAUCCCAUAUUUGCAGCCUGAACCUGUGUCCUUGCUGAGAACUCAGAAUUUCCUGCAUGGACCCCACUGUGCAUACUGAACCCGUUUUUUGGGGGACUCCCUCUUUGCAGUUCAAACCCAAAAUCCUGCUCAAACCCUAUCCCUGUUGUGAACCUAGAGUUUCAUGUAGAGUCCUCAGUAGCCCUAUGCCUCUUAUAGCUUGACUUCUCAUUGCUGCAAACACUAUUUCCUGUUGAACUCCAGUUUCUGCAGCCUGGAUCUCAGUUCCUUAUGUGAACCCCAUCUUUGCUUCCUGUAUUGCUCCCCUUCUGUGAGCCUAGUACCUACUGCAAACUCCCGUCUCUCCUGCCUGAUUCUUCUUGAACCUCCUCCCUUGCUAUGAACCCAAUAUUUGCUGCCCAAACCUUCUGCUACCUGAGCCCCAUCUCUUGUUACCUGAUUUCCCAUACCUGCUUAGAAGUCCUUAUUUGCUUCCUGAACUUCCAUCCUUCCUGAGAACCCUGUAUUAGUCAUCAGCCCCCCAACUCUGCUGCAAGUACUCCCUCUGGAAGCCCUCUUCUGUAAACUCUUUAACAUAAACCCUUGAUUCUGCUGGCGGGUCUCCUCCUUGUUCCUGGUGUCCUUCCUGCUGCAAUGGUUCCCCCUCCCCCAACUUUCCAUUUCUGUCCACAGCCCUGGCUGCGUCUGCCAGGGGUGUCAUGUUGUGAACGCCUGCAUCUGUCUCUGUCCUUCCAGGGAACUGGGCAGCCAUGUGUGCCCUAUGUGUGCUGUGGUCACCCUUCAGGCUUGAGGCUAGGAGGGUUGUGAGCUUUGACUGCAACGAACGCCGGCAGCUGCUGUGGGUGCCAUGGGUGCGACCUUGAAGGGGGGAUUUGUUGAGUUUUACUUAUGGAAAACAGUGCAGCCACUUCCCCAUGUCCUAGGAGCCUGCCCUUGACUUUGCCUGUCUGCGGCCGGUCCUGGAGGCUGUGUGUGAGGCCAGCCUCUGCUCUUGGAGCUCCCGUUGCAAAUGUCUCUGGACGCAAGCAAAUGCCUUUCUAAGCCCUCACACAUGUUUUGUUGCAGGGCACCUCUGGCGUCAGGCCCUGUAGCUCGUAGCUACCCCCUUCCUACCACAGCUCCACGUCAUGACGGAUGCCAAGUAUGUCCUCUGCCGGUGGGAGAAGCGAUUGUGGCCUGCGAAGGUUUUGGCCAGAACUGAGACUUCAGCGAAAAACAAGAGAAAAAAAGAAUUAUUUCUAGAUGUUCAAAUACUCUCACUAAAAGAAAAGAUCCAGGUGAAGAGCUCAGCCGUGGAGGCGUUGCAGAAAUCGCACAUUGAGAAUAUUGCGGCCUUUCUGGCGUCUCAGAAUGAGGUCGCAGCUACUCCCCUGGAGGAGCUGACCUACCGACGCUCCCUGCGCGUGGCCCUGGAUAUCUUGAAUGAGAGGACAAGCUUGAGUCCUGAAAGCCAUCUGACGGAAGAGAAACCCCGCGCAGAUGCCGCCUCUUGGGUGCCUAGCACUCGCUCUCCAUCCUUUUGCAGCGAGGACGGUGACAGUGUGGCUGCCAAGUGCACACACAAGAGGGAGUGGCUCCCACAAAGCCUGUCGGGGCUGUCUGUAGCUGAAGAGGACCACAGUACAGGCCUCACAAAGAAUGGAACCCUGAGAGCAGCGUUGCCUUCUACUAGAGAUGGGUCUCAGGACGGUUCUGGAUCACAACUGGACUGUGAACAGAACACUGCCAAGAAGAGGCGGAGGAAUUUGGGAGAGAAACCUACUGGGCGCCACAGAACAGCGUCUUGCCUUUCCAAGGGAGAAAGUGCUGAAGAGAGCGAGGGGCAGGCAAAUAGCUGUGUGACCCCGGCUUCACCUGGGCUACUCUCCCCAGCCUCAGAAGAGGACCCCUGUGCCGGGGUCAAAGGCUGUGACCCGGUUGUGCCAUCGGGCAGCAGCAGGCUGCUCCCAGCCUCUGACGGAGGCAGAGGAUGCCCCACAAAGAGGCCACGCUUGGAUGGAAGCCAGAACCCACCCGUCAGGCAGCUGGCGACUGGAACUGUGGGGGCAGCACCCUCCCCUCAGAACUGGCCUGGGGAGACCAUGGUGCAGCUCAGGUCUAGUGACAGGGACAAGCCAGAGGAAGCAGCUCCUGUGUCCUCAGAAGAGUUCACAGGGUUCAAGUCCAUCCACACCCUGCUGGAGGAGGAAGAGGAGGAAGAGGAGGAGCCACCCCGGAUCCUUCUGUAUCAUGAACCACGAUCAUUUGAAGUAGGGAUGCUGGUCUGGCUGAAAUACCAAAAAUACCCGUUCUGGCCAGCCGUGGUCAAGAGUGUCCGGCGGAGAGACAAGAAAGCCAGUGUGCUGUUCAUUGAGGGCAACAUGAACCCUAAGGGCCGAGGAAUCACCGUGUCACUUCGAAGGCUCAAGCACUUUGAUUGUAAGGAAAAGCACGCACUGCUGGACAGAGCCAAGGAGGACUUCGCCCAGGCCAUUGGCUGGUGUGUGUCACUUAUCACCGACUACCGUGUGCGGCUGGGCUGCGGCUCCUUCGCUGGAUCAUUCUUGGAAUAUUAUGCUGCUGAUAUAAGCUACCCUGUGCGCAAGUCCAUCCAACAGGAUGUCCUGGGGACCAGGUUUCCUCAGCUUGGCAAGGGGGACCCUGAGGAGCCUGUGGGGGACAGCCGGCCAGGACAGUGGCGGCCGUGCAGGAAGGUGCUGCCUGACCGCUCUAGGGCUGCGCGGGACAGAGCAAACCAGAAGCUGGUGGAAUACAUUGUAAAAGCCAAGGGUGCGGAGAGCCACCUGCAGGCUAUCCUGCACAGCCGCAAGCCCUCACGCUGGCUGAAGACAUUUCUGAGCUCUGGCCAGUAUGUGACAUGCGUGGAGACAUACCUGGAGGAUGAGGCACAGCUGGAUGAGGUGGUGGAGUACCUGCAGGGCAUCUGCCGAGACAUGGAUGGGGAGGUGCCUGCGCAUGGCAGCGGGGACCGCAUUCGUUUCAUCCUGGACGUGCUGCUGCCUGAGGCGAUCAUCUGCGCCAUCUCCGCAGUGGAGUGCGUGGACUACAAGACGGCUGAGCAGAAGUACAUCCGGGGCCCUACUCUCAGCUACCGGGAAAAGGAAAUCUUUGACAAUGAACUCCUGGAGGAGAGGAACCGUCGCCGUCGCUGAUGCCCUAACCUCCACCUGGCCAGCGAGCCCUCCACAGCCUGCCAGAGGGCUCUGCAGGAAUAAGAAUAUACUAGAAGCAAGCGGCCCAGAAGUGUGCUGACUUUGAACUGUGGGUCUUACAUCUUCAGUACUGAGUCCGGGAUAUCAAAUGUCAUUGACACACCAGAAACCUGCUGGCAGCUACGGACAGAGCUUUCUGGAAGUUUCUGUGCGUGUUUGCGUGUGUGUUUGUUUUUUGUUUGUUUGAUUUUAAUAUUAUUAUUUCAUUUAUAAAUGAGUUUGAACAUA